AUGGACCCUGAGUACCUCGUCCUUCUGCGAGACCACCUAACCGGCCCACUCCACGGCAGCCAGCUGAGGCAUGUCUACGCCAUCGAUCACGACCAGAACUCACACGUGCUCCUCUUCCAUCUCUCCACAACGGCGCUUCGCAAGAUGAGGGCGCACCCCUACGUCGCCCUGGUCGAGGCUAAGCAGGGUGCCACCGACCUGCCCAAGGUGUGCAACAGUCCCACCGACAACAACUUGUCCACCCGCCUGCAGUGCUCAGGGAAGGAGAUCGCCGUUUCUGCCCGCUUCAUCGACAUCGCUGUGGAGCAGCCGAACGCGGGAGGGAGGCGCACUGUGACGCUUCUGGAGUACAAGGGCGGGUUCUACAUCGCCUUGCCCACCGACAACCCGAGUGUCUCCACCUACAAGUGUCCGACGCGCCUCCAAGGCACCAUGUCCGACAUCGUGACCACGUGGUUCGCCAUUCGGUUCAAUCCCCAAGACUUGACCGUCAACACGGGCGACUACACCUUUGUCACGAGCACCGGAUACAACACGCACCACAAGGACAUGGGUCCUGAUGCAGCUACACAUGUCCCCUUCGCUACCUGUUUUGGCUGUGAGGCGUCGCAAAGGGACGACGGCAGAGCAGUGGUGGACCUGCACGGCACCCCGUUCGUGGUCCUCGACAACCAGUUCAAAUUCGCUGGCUACUUCGCCUACGGGACGUGGACCUAUUCGAACAACGCCCAAUUGGUUGACCUCACCGGCGGGGGCUACUGUGGCUGGACGGCCCCGUUGGCGGCUGCGGACAACGAGAACAUGGCGUGCAACGGCGGCUGGCACCUCCAGCUUGGCCUUCUUCUUUAG